CGCCAACAGUCCACGCGACGCGACUACGGCUCUCUCCUCGCCGCCAUCCAUUCCGCGAUCCACACCGACUCGUCCGGUUUCGUCGUGGCACAUGCGCCCGCGUCAACAAGCUCCUCUCCGCGGCCAGCACUAGCUCCUCCAGGUAACCGCAUCGUCAAGCCUCGCCUCAAGACAAACUCCCGAGCGAAACUCCGCUCCGUGAAAGUCGACAAGGGAGAAGCUUUCGUCUUCGGGCAGUAGCGCAGCGCGCGGCAUCACCACGGCGGGCAAGAAAAAGCGACGCGGCUCGCCGCGAGAUCGCGACCGCGACGACGACGACUACCGCGAGCGGGACUAUCGCCGGUCUUCCAAGUCGUCCUCGAGCCGCGACCGCGAGGAUCGAAGCAGCCGAGGCAAAUCCAGCUCGAACCAGCAGCAACACUCGGACAGUGAGUCGUCGCAGCAGCAGCAGGACGCGAUGGGCGACUACAGCAACGUAGGCCCACCACAGGACUCGGCCUUGGCCCAGAGCUCUGCCUUCGCUGUCGCGCUUCAGAGAGCCAAACAGAUUGCAGCUAAAAUUAAUCCUCAAGGCUCACAAUCAAAUCCAGAACAACCAAAGAAGCGUUCAUUGGAAGAUGUCUCAGAACCUGAACCAAAGAAGCUUGCAUCCAUUAUGCCUGAUCCAUUAUUAAGUCUUCGUGGAAAUUCAUCUGCUGCUGAUCAACCAGUUUCUGCUGCAGCCUUAGGAGGUAUUUGCAAUGAAGAUAUCAGAGUCCCCGACAAAAUGGUUGGAUUAAUAAUUGGCAGAGGAGGAGAACAGAUAACAAGAUUACAAAGUGAAACUGGAUGUAAAAUACAAAUGGCUGCUGAAAGUGGAGGCAUGCCAGAGCGUACUUGCACGCUAACCGGCUCCCGAGAUGCUGUCAAUCGAGCAAAGGAACUUGUUCAAUCGAUUGUCAAUCAAAGGGUAAAACCAGGAGAAGACUUGAUACCAGGUGCCAAUCCACCAUACCCAGGUCCAGCAUCAUCGGCAUCAAGCUCUGUUACUGCAUCUAUACUAGCUGGACAUCCAGGAUUUGUGGAAAUCAUGAUUCCCGGACCCAAAGUUGGCCUCAUCAUUGGAAAAGGAGGUGAAACUAUUAAACAGCUCCAGGAGAAAUCUGGUGCAAAAAUGGUAGUCAUACAAGAUGGUCCAGGUCAAGAGCAAGAAAAGCCAUUAAGAAUUACUGGAGAUCCACAAAAAGUGGAGCAUGCAAAACAAUUAGUUUACGAACUAAUCGCCGAAAAAGAAAUGCAAUUGUACAAUAGAGGUACAAGGAACUUUUCCAGUAAUAAUAGCUUUAGUCAAGAUGGAAAUUCAGAGUCUGGAGAGGAUCGACGAGGUAACGGAGUCACUGGACGACCUAGCGAAUAUGGAAGUUGGGAAGGAAACCGUCCAGCAGGAGAAGGAAAAGUUGAAUUCAGUUAUCCAGUUCCUUCCAACAAAUGUGGUAUAAUUAUAGGAAAAGGUGGAGUUACGAUUAAAGAAAUUAAUCAACAAACCGGUGCCCACUGUGAAUUAGAUCGACGAAAUCCAGGCACCGAUACCGACAAGUUCUUCACAAUCCGAGGUACGCCCGAACAAGUGGAGCAUGCCAAGAGAGUAUUUGCCGAGAAAUUAGGAGGUGGCAUGGGCUCAAGUAGCAACGGUUAUCCAACUGGCAGGCCUAAUGAGUACGGAGGUUGGGACGUCAAUAGGCAGGGUAACAAAGUUGAAGUUACGUAUCCUGUUCCUACUAAUAAAUGCGGUAUCAUUAUUGGAAAAGGUGGCGAAACUAUUAAGCAAAUCAAUCAACAAACCGGUGCGCAUUGUGAAUUGGAUCGACGAAACCCUGGUACUGAAACAGAAAAGUUCUUUACCAUUAAGGGAACACCAGAGCAAGUAGAACAUGCGCAGAGAAUAUUCAGUGAAAAGUUGGGUAAUAACGGCAUGACUCCAGCCAGUAGUUUAGGCUAUGGUGCACAAAGCGCGAUGGGAUAUAAUGCAUCGUGGAACGCGGCACCAGGUUAUCAAGCAUGGCCAGGUCAAACAGCGACUGCUGACCCGAACGCUGCAGGUCAAGCUGUGCAAAUUGACCCGAACACCGGCCAGCCCGAUUACAGCGCUCAAUGGGCCGAAUACUAUCGAUCGAUGGGUCUGCACCGAGAAGCUGAAAUGAUUGAACAACAGGCCAAGCAAAACGCUAGCAAGAACCCAGACAUGAGUCAACAAGGUGGGCAAACACCAGGAAAUCCAACAUCAAGCUCUGCAGCCCAGCCACAGCAACAAGCUCAACAACAACAACAACAACCGCAACAGCAGCAGCAGCAACAACAAAAUUCUCAGCAGAAUGGUAGUCAAGCAGACUAUAGUGCACAAUGGGCUGAAUACUAUAGAAGCAUAGGAAAAAUCAAAGAAGCCGAGGCUAUCGAAGCUCAAAUGAAGAGUGGAAAAUCGAGCAGUGGCGGAGGUGGUGGCAUGCCAAACAGCCAAAUGUCACAGCAGCAACAACAGAUGCCAAACUCUAUGUCGAAUCCAGGUGGUGCGCCGGGUGGAGGGGGUGGUGGAGGCGGACCCGGAGGUGCGCCAAAUGCCUUUCCUCAAGCUUAUGGCGGCUAUCCAGGAAUGAACCCUGCCUCAGCGGGCGGCUAUUACACGCCCGGCGCCCAGGGUGGUGGACAACCCGGUCAGCAAAAUCCCGCAUUCCCUGCAGGCGGAUACCAAAAUUACCAGUAUCCACAGACGAGCUCCGACAACUGAAAUCUCCGCAUGACCGACUAAUACAAUUACAGAUAGAUUUCCAGAGGAAUGUUUUAAUACCUGCAGUACUCUCAUAUAAAUAUAUACAUAUAAAUAUAAAUAUACAUGUAUACAUAUGUGUAUAUAUCUAUACGUGCGAAAAAUGGUAACACGUUUGACUAUUGUUUGACGAAAAAAAAUGAAAUGAAGCCUGACAAAUCGUUAUAAGUAUCUGUUUUUCGCCCUAAUUAUGAUAGGAAAAGUUCAUAGAAUAUUUUCUUUUUUACACAUUGUAGGAUAUACAUUGUUUUAGUUAUUAAGUGAUGUAAGAAACAACUUUGAACCAACUUUAGGACUAUAAAAUCGAACGAAAAAAAAAACACUUUUUCAUCUUAGCAUAGUAGAAUAUUAUGUUUUAUUUCUUAAACGCAUAUGUGUAUGUAUUUCUAUCCAAUUAUAACUUUAGCAAUGUCAAACACAAGUCCUGCAGGUAGAAGAGCUCAACCCGGGAUAUGUGCACGAACAGCCAGGUUCCAAUUUCUUGAGAAUCGUGUACAUGGUUUGUACAUCAAAUCAAAUCAAUCAAUUAAGAUUUUUUUUAAAGUACUGUAUGUACGUAAACUCAGUUAGAUUUCUAUUGAAAAUUCAAUUUUUAUGAUCAAUGUUAUUAUUAUAAGUGAUUACCUUGGUCACUUAAUUUCACAUCUUUAAAUGUAAGGCAAAAAGCUUACGUCUUCUGUAUUGGCAAUACUAAUGUUACUCUGUACAUUUUCUUAUUGUAAUUAAAAAAUAAUUGUCAAAUCCACGUUGUAUGAACAUUCGAAAAUAUAAAACAAUUUUGCGUGAAAAA